AUGGAUCCGCUCCAGCUCGUCCGUCUUGACAAAGAGUCUCAUCAGAACUACGUCGAACCAUCGUCACGGUCUACACCGUCGGCAAAGUCGGGCGUAGGCGAAAAGCAAGCAGCCUGCGUUGAUCUCGAAGAACAAGCUCUCGAUCUCGCUCACAAGGCGAGCAAGCCAUCGCCAUCUCUUGGCGCGCAGCCACUACCUGUCGCUCGAGAUGCACCAAUUCUCACCAACAAGCGCUGCAGUGUUGUGCAGCGUCAGUCUUCAUCCUGCGCUGUCUCUGUCGACAACUCUGAGCAUGACUCGGCGGUACCCGUCAAAGAUCGAGGCUGGAAUGCGUGGAAGUUUGUUCUCGCCUCGGCAGCCACCGAGUUUAUGAUCUGGGGCGCAGCAGCAGGCUACGGCUCCUUCCAGGAAUACCAUCAACAUGAUCCUCGCUCGCCCUUUCAUCAGUCUUCACUCACUGCCACCUCAUCGAUCGGAACCACUCUUCUGGCCGGACAGCACGUCAUCACGCUGCUCACCUUUGGCAUCUACUCGCGCUAUCCGACGCUCGUAAAGACUUUUACGUAUGCCUGUGUAGCUGGCUCUUCGCUAUCGUUACUCAUCGCCAGCUUCGCCAACUCGGUCGCACUGCUGGUUGUAUUUCAAGGCCUCGUCUACGGCAUGUUUGGCGGUAACAUCUUUACCGCCGUCAUUCUUUGGCUGCCCAAUUGGUGGGAUCGGAGAAGAGGUUUCGCCACGGCCAUCAUUUUCGGCGGUUCGGGAAUCGGUGGUAUCGUAUGGCCCAUCAUUUUCUCGGAGCUCCUCCAGACAGUCGGAUUUCGAUGGACGCUGAGGGUAUGGGCUCUGGCGCAGCUCGUGAUUACCGGCGGUGCGGUUCUAUGUUUAAACGCUGGCGUCAAACUGGUGCGCGUCUCGACACCUUUCCGAUGCAAGCAAGUCUUGCCGGGCUUUCCACGCUCGCUUCUAUCCGGCGUCACCUUGCUCAACAUUGUCGCUCUGCUCACGCAGACAACGGCAUGGUACUCUGUCUCGCUCAACAUAUCCAAUUACGCGUCUUCAAUGGGAUUCAGCUCCGACACCUCUACUGGUAUCCUUUCCGCAUUCAAUGCGUCGGCGGCCAUCACGUACUUUGUGCUAGGAUACCUCGUCGAUCGAUUCUCGUAUCCCUUGCUUAUGGCAACAUCCACGACGCUCAAUUUGGUAUUUACCGCGCUCGUGUUUGGCUUUGCCGGCAGUUCGUUGACCAAGAUUGUGGUGUUUGUCGUAUUUUACGGCUUGACCGGCGGUGGAUUUUCGUGUUUCUUGACUCCCGUUUCCAGGGACAUUGCCGACAAGUCGAGAUCGCACGAGUUUUCGGUCCGCUUUCUCUAUCUGAUUGUCGUCAGAGGUUCAGCAGCCAUGGUGGGACCAAUCAUAGCAGUGCAAUUCUAUCCAAAACACAUGGAUCGCGAAUCAACGUAUGGUAGCUACGGAUUUACAGGAUUUAUCGCGUUUGUCUCGGGGACGUUGGCGGUGUCGACGAUGGCAUCGCUGGCGAUCUUUGUGCAGAAAAGAUACGUUGGGACUCGACAGGAUGGGCUCAGCUUCAAGUCGAUGACAAAGACGCUGAAGCCUAGGCGCGAGACACGGCCAGGCGUUGAUGGUGGAGUUGCAGCGGUGUGA